GCAGCCCAGCGAGCAGAGCAGCGAGAGCAAGCGGCCGGUUUCAAAAUACAAACAAUGGGCAAGAAGCACAAGAAGCACAAGUCCGAAAAACACGCAUAUGAAGAUUACGGAGAGAGGCCACUGAAACUCGUUUUAAAAGUGUCUGGAAACGAAGUGACGACUGGCAGCUCCAGUCUUGACACGUUUUACGAUGAGCAGCCGACGGACGGAGAUAAACCCAAAGACAAGAAGAAGAAAAAGAAGAAGGAUAAAGAAAGGAGCCUGGGCUCGCCGGAAGACGAUAAGGGGAAGAAAAAGAUGACCAAGAAGAAGAAGGGACAGGAUGCAGAUGGAGACGAUGACAGAGAGCAAAGCAGAACUCCCAUCAGAUCUGAGCUCGAUAAACUAGAAGCUGAAAAGGAACAAACCCCUCUUCAGGAAGCUUUGAAUCAGCUCAUCAGGCAGCUCCAGAGGAAGGAUCCCAGCGCAUUCUUCUCAUUUCCGGUGACUGACCUUAUUGCUCCCGGCUACUCUUCAAUCAUCAGGCGUCCCAUGGACUUCAGCACCAUGAAGGAAAAGGUCAAGAAAGAGAGCUACCAGUCUGUGGAUGAACUUAAGGGGGAUUUUCGGGUGAUGUGUGAAAACGCCAUGAUUUACAACAAGCCUGAGACCAUUUACCACAAAGCCGCUCGCAAACUGCUGCACUCUGGAAUGAAGGUCCUCAGCCAGGAGAGGCUGGACAGCCUGAAGCAGAGCAUCGAUUUCAUGUCGGGCCUCGACCCCGCCGCCAAGCUGAGCCUGAAGGCCGAGGAAGCAGCCAGCAGCGGCUCGGAGCAGAAAGACGGACCUCCGAGCACCGAGAACGGCAGCGAGCGCUCCCAGACACCCAGCACGCCCAGACAGGAGAAGGACACCAAGGACGAGGCGACGAAGGCAGAGAAAGAGCUGGAGGAAAUCCGCAAGGUCAUCGAAGAGUCUGGAGGGAAGCUGUCCAACAGAGUGCUUCAGUCCGAUUUGGAGUUCACCCGGCGGAAGUCUGAUGGCUCCACCACGCUGGCCAUCCUGAACCCAGCAGAUCCAUCAGCCGGAGAUGCGGGCUACUGCCCGGUGAAGCUGGGCAUGAUGGCCAACCGGCUGCAGAACGGCGUCAACACCCUGCAGGGCUUCAGGGAGGACAAGAGGAACCGGAUCACUCCAGUGUCCUACAUGAACUACGGGCCCUUCACGUCCUACGCUCCCACCUACGACUCCAGCUUCGCCAACGUCAGCAAGGACGACUCCGACCUCAUCUACUCCUUCUUCGGAGAGGAGUCCAGCCAGCAGGGCUCAGACAGCAGCUUGUCGGAGUUCCUGGCCAAACCAGACGAGUACAUGUACAAACUGGCCGACAACCUCCUGGACGCCAUGACCAACGGAGAACACUCCCGGACCCUGAAGGAGGCCGAGCCGCAGGUGGAGGAGCUGGCGAGCACACCAGAGGACAAGGACGGGACGGAGGUAGCUGAAGCCGAAACAUCCAACAGGCUGGACUUCCUGCGCUCUGCUAUAGGCCUGCAGAUGGAUGAGGAGCUCUCUGGGGAGGCCCUGCACUUCCAGCAGAAACUGGACGAGACUACAAAGCUGCUGCGUGACUUGCAGGAAGCGCAGAAGGAGCGUCUGAGCGCCAAGCAGCCGCCCAACAUGAUCUGCCUGCUGGCCCCGACCGCCAAGGAGCUGGAGCUGGCCGAGAAGGUGACGGGGAACCUGGCCCAGCUGACCGGCCAGGUGGCCCCCUGCGACGUCAGCAGCGUCUACGGGAUCCGGAAAGCCAUGGGCGUCGCGGCACCGGCCGAGCCCUUCAUAGACCUCACUACAGUGCAGGAACCGGCCGAAGCGAUGGAAACCUCGUCCUCCAGCUGUCCGAGUGUCGUGCCGGUCGUCGCUGUUUGAUGAAUUCCCAGCUCCUCCCAUCCGGUUUAAUAACUUAAGAUUUGUACAAAAAAAGGUGCUCUUUGUGUGACAUUUUUAUGCAUUUCAGUCAAUAAAGUGUUUGUGAUAUAAACAUCAGCUCCUGCCUCACGCUGCAGC